AUGCGCAACGUUUACCACCGCCCUCAGCACAGCCCUCAAAGACAUAAUCAUCAGCAGCAGCACCAGCCAAAGCAACAGCAGCAGUGGCAGUGGUUUGCGUCGGAGAGCCGGCCAAGAGUGGUGCACGUGCCGGAAGACGGCGUGAACGCGGCGCUCACCGACGACGGAUACUACGUGGGCACGACCAUCGGACAGGGGUCGUACAGCAAGGUGAAAAUGGCGUUGAAGUCGCAGCCAGACGGGUCGAUGGUCCGGGUGGCUUGCAAGAUGAUCGACAAGAAGCGCGCGUCCAACGGGUCGUACAUCCGCAAGUUCCUGCCCCGUGAGCUCGAGGUGUUACGCAUUGUCCGGCACCCGAACAUCGUCAACACGCACAAGAUAUUCAUCACGCCGUCGUCCGUGUACAUGUUCAUGGACUACUGCGAGAAAGGCGACCUGCUCGAUUAUCUGCACCAGAUCAAGUGCAUUCCCAACUGGCAGGCUCACACGUUCUUCAAACAACUGUGCGGAGCUGUGGACUAUCUACACCGGAACGACAUAUCGCACAGAGACAUUAAAUGCGAAAACGUAUUGCUGGAGAGCUUGCGACACGUCAAGUUGGCCGAUUUUGGGUUUACCAGGUUUUGCGUAGACGAACGCAGCCGACAGGUGUUGAGUCAAACUUACUGUGGCAGUUCGUGUUACGCGGCUCCCGAAGUGCUGCAAGGUAUACCGUACAACCCAAAGUCUCAUGACGUAUGGGCUCUGGGCGUGGUGCUGUACAUGAUACUGGGAAACGUUAUGCCGUACCCUCAUUCGGAACGCAAUCAGAUGGUGGCCAACCAGUUGUCCAAGAAGUUAGCCAAGCCCAGAAAACUAGUGCCUCGCGAAGCGCUCAAGCUUAUCGGCAACAUUUUGGAGCCCGACAUCAACAAAAGAGCGACAUUGGGACAAAUUAUGAAUCACGCGUGGUACAAACAAAGCCCGCACACCAUGACCAAAGAGGAACCAAAUAAGCAUACAGCAUUUUCACCGACACAUGUGUAUAAAUAGGCCCAAUAAUUAUUAUCAUAAAAAUUAUAAGUGAAUAUCAGUCGGUAAUAAAAACCACAUAUCUUAAUCAAUUUAAAAUCAACUUUUUUUUUAAACAUUCAUACAUUUUGUUUCUUUAAUUAUUGUUAAAAAAUAUAUACAUACUUCCACCUCUAUCAAUGUUUAAAUACAAACAAAA